UACAAUCCAGCAGCAGCUAUAUACUAACAACUAUAUUCAGUCCAGCCCUCAACGCGUCAGCUUCCUUCCUUAUAACCUUUUCAUUCCCCUCUUGAACCUGCACGAAAAAAGAGCAGCAAAAAUGGCCGACACCAAGCGCCCCUCAUCUCCCUCCACUCCGGGACAAUCCUCUUCAUUUGCUGUUGCCAGGCCCCAUGGUGCUAACGCUGUUCGACGACGUGCUCCCGCAGCCGCUCGGCCCAGCUCAACGCGUUCAGCCGGUGCCGGUGGCUCUUCGAACACCAUGCUCAAACUCUAUACCGACUCUGGGGAGGCUGGUCUCAAAGUUGACCCAUUUGUCGUCAUUGUGCUUUCCAUCUCUUUUAUCGCCUCCAUCUUCUUCCUCCACAUCACCGCCAAGAUCAUCAGGGCUUUUACCAACUAGGCGUUCCCUUAAUAGCUUGGGAUUAACAAUGGGAUAGGAGCAGACAUUGCAGAGGGGUUUGGGCUUUGAAUGCAUUGUACCUUUUA